UUAGGGUUCCCCCCAUAGGUUAAUGAGCGACUCGGCGAGUGAUAUCGAUCUCGAUACGCUUGAGAAUGGUCAGGCCCUACAGGAUGAGGUAACGACUGAUGACAGUGACGGUGCCACAAGCUGGAAGGGCGACUCUAAAGAGGUGCAAGAGCCUCCCAGAGCCUCCUGGUUCCUUCUACUCCAGUUCUGUACCCUCGGUUUCGUCGCCUUGGCACCGUGGAACUUCAUUCUCACUGAUCUGCUAUAUCUGACCAACAAGUUCGAGCAUCGUUUCAGCUCGACCAUUUCGAUCUACGAUGGUUUGGCCAACAACGUUGCCCAGUUGUUCAUCAUAUUCUUCGGUAACAAGUUCACGUUCGCACCAAGGUUUGACAUUGGUUGCAGCCUCUUGGCUGUAUUCAACAUUUGUUUGGCAAUAGUUGCCAUGACUGUUGGAGUGGACAAUCCCUGUCCUAGCACAGACCUCGGCAAUGCCCUUGGUAUCGUCUGUGUGGUCAUCCUGGCCUUCGGCCAUGCUAUUAUGGAGUCAACCGCCCUAGGCCUGGCCGCCCUCUGCCCGAAAUCAUGUAUCAAUUGGGUUAUGGUGGGUGAGGGCAUGGCAGGUGUCAUCGGUUGGCCUCUUCUCGAGCUCUUCGACUGCAUAUUUCAGAACGUUCACCGCAAGGACGAAUGGGUCUGUUUGGUAUUCUUCUCGGUCACGUCCGUUCUCACACUCCUCAUCAUGCCUAUGUUCCGUCUGAUCACCUCUAAGGAUCCUCUCAUCAAGCAAGUGCUCACCAUAGAGGACCAGAGAAGGAAGGCUGGCAGUUUGAAAGUCCGCCAGACCAGACGUCCUGUGCGUGCGAUUCUCAAGGACCUCGCCCCGAUGGCCUUCUGUGCUUGGUCAGUCCUCACUAUUACCUUCAUAUGCUUCCCCUCCCAAGCCACAUUAUGGCAGGCAGGGAAGGGAACCCCGGAGGCUACCGCAAAGUUCAUUCCUCUGGUGACCUUCGUCUACCAGGUGGGUGACACGGUCGGUAGAUUUGCCCCCAACGUUGGUCUGGCCAUCCCUCAGAAAGCUCUCAUCGUUGUCUCUCUUGCCAGAUCGCUCUUCAUUCCCUUAUUCAUCUGCACUACCCUCUACCCCACGGUGAAGCCCUUCCAAUGGAACUGGUUUAAGCAUAUCGAGAUGCUGAUAUUCGCUUUGUCGAAUGGACUGUGUGCGACUCUGUCAAUGAUGUACGGUCCUCAGCGGGUGUCGUCUGACAAAGCCGAGCAAGAGGUUGCUGGUUACACCAUGGCCUUCACUUUGGUCGACGGAAUCUUCGUGGGUGGUCUCCUCGGUACUCUUACUGUAUCGUGCUUGGGUGAAUAGUGUUUUAAUGGAUGAUUUCCUUCACACUAGUUCCUCCCCCCCCCCCCUUUGUUACUGUCCUUUCCCUCUGUACCUUUAUUACUACACC